AUGAGCCUACAAAUGCAGCUUGUCUCGCAGAUACCCAUGCAUCCGACAUUAUCUCGACAAUCUACAUCUUUCGACCUCACCAUCAUGUCCUUCAAGGCUCAUUUUCGAAGGCCUAGUAAUGGCGUAGCUAUGGGCUUCCUACGUGAUGCCCAUAGAAAUCACACUACCGCCUUCUUGUCAGAGCUCGCAGGAACCUUUCUCUUCCUCUUUUUCGCCUUUGGCAUCGCCCAGGUUGCAAAUACUCCGCCACCUGCGGAUGCCAACUCUGAGCCAAACCUUUUGGCCAUCGUAUUCAUUGCCCUUGGCUUCGGGUCAUCCCUCGCUGUUAACGUCUGGCUGUUCUACAGAGUCAGUGGCGGCAUGUUCAAUCCGGCUGUGACUUUGACGCUUUGGCUCAUUCGUGCCGUGCCUACCUCACGCUGCGUGGUGGUCUUCCCUGCCCAAAUUAUAGGCGGAAUCGCUGCAGCUGGUGCUGUAUCUGCAACAUUGCCUGGACCGAUGGCGGUGAACGUGAGACUUGGGGGAGACACCAGCGUUGCCCGGGGCCUGUUCAUCGAGAUGUUCGCAACGACCCAGCUCAACUUUGCUGUCAUCAUGCUCGCCGCCGUCAAGCACAAGGCAACUUACCUCGCCCCCAUCGGCAUUGGCAUAGCUCUAUUUAUUGGCCAUCUUUUCAGUAUCUACUAUACCGGUGCUGGCAUCAACCCUGCUCGGGCUUUUGGUCCCGAUGUUAUCACACAUAGCUUCCCGCACUACCAGUGGAUCUACUGGAUUGGUCCGUUUCUCGGCUCCUUACUGUCGGCAGCAUUCUUCUUCCUUCUUGAAGUCUUCGACUGGAAAACAGCCAACCCUGGUCAAGAUUAUGAUGACUUGGAGACUCAGGUUAUUACCCCGACCAAGACAACCUCUCGACCAAACGUUGCGUUGCCAGACCUCUGA